AUGGCAUGGGCUCAAAUCUUCUCCACCGUACUCCUCCUCCUCCUCAUCUGCGCACUGCACACGCCAUCCGUCCGCGCCUUCCGCUUCUAUGAGGUGAGUCGGCUGGAAUGGGCGCUAGAAAGGGUUGAAAGAUUUUUUUUGCAGCUAAAAUACUAGUUUUUUUCGAAAAAUCCUUGGAGUGUUUUUUAGUCCUUGCACUUUGCAGGAAGUGUGUGGGCGACAGCCCGAAAACUCUAUUGUACGGUGCAAAAAGCCCGAAAUUGCACAGUGCAAAGUGAACUUUUAGUUUCGCACAGUGCAUGUCGCUAAAAUCACUCCAGCGAUUUGUCGAUGGACAAUUACGCUUUACAGAAGUUUGUACACUUUUUUCGGUCUUUUUUUCACACCGCAGUGCGUGUUGCGCGACGCUAUUAGCAUUUUCACAAAGUGCCUGGACAUUUGUCGUAGUCCGAUUCUCCGGAUAUUUUUUCACCGCGUAGUACUAGACGCACCAUUAAAGUCCAUAGAAUUUCAACAUCUUAGCCCUAGCGACUUGAACUUUCCUAUGAGGGCACCCCGCGACGUCGCCAAAAAGACCUUCGGAUUUUAUGCGCAACUAUAUAGUAUUGUCUAGAUUUUGCUGCAAUUUUGCUGCUUGGCGACGAAGGUUCAAGACGCACUGUGCGAAAGCGAAAACAUGUCCAGGCACUUUGUGAAAAUGCUAUUAUCCGUUUCGCAAACUUCUGCAUUGUGCAAUUUUUUGCGUGCCGCAAACAAGGUUUUGUGCGCGGUGCGGCUCACAGUAUACUUACUUACUGAAAUGGCUAUUAGUAGCUACAGUGCUCUUAACCAGCAUUUUUUUUGAAAAUGAUGAUAGAGAAAAAAACUUUGUCAAGGCCUUUUGCGUCUUUUCCAAUGGUAGUCCGUAGUCGCUGGAAUGAUCUGACAGACUAGUAGUUUCUCCAAAUUUUGCAGCGCACACAGUACGCCUAUUAUGCCAAAAAAGCAGACUACUAAUUGUUGAGUUGAAAAUUUAGAACUUAUUGUCUGCAAAAACCGACCGGGUUAUAAGUUCGAAAGCACUAAAAACAGCCCAUAAUUUUGUUUUAGCAAGCCUUGGAAAAUUCUGACUAUCUCUUUGUGUUCCAUUGUCAGUUGAAGCUCAUAUUAGCAUGUUCAUAAAGUGCGUAGACAUUAUUGCUUUUGCACAGUGAAUUUUGAACUUUUUCCCGCGCUUGUCGCCAAUGCACAGUGCAUUUUCUUUUUUCGCACAGUGCAAACCUCAAGAGAGCCGUUUGCACUGUGCGGGUUGAAAAUUGUCGCUGUCGCGGCGUUGUUUCGACGCACAGUGCGAAAAACAAAAAAAAGAGAAAAAUGCACGGUGCAAAAUGCGGAGGUUUUUGUGCACGGUGCGGACCGCAAAAAAACUUCCCAUGCAUUUUAUGGAAAUACUAUCAGUUUGUCGGGAAAAUAAUGACAAAAAAAUCGGCGGGCCGAUCGCGUUGCUGAAGAAAAAAGUAAUUUGAUUUUUACGCGACACAAUUCAUUUUUUCGGCGGCGAUGCGGUUUUCGAUGCGAAAAAAUGCUCAUUAUUUUCCCGGCAGACUGAUAUUUCGCACAUAAAUUUUGCUAACGAGAUUUUUUUGCACCAAUUUUUCUCCUUUUGAAGUAUGUAUUUUUUAGAAACACUUCUUAGGCCGCAAAAAUUGAUUUGUCAUGCUUUUUCGAUUUUGUUUCCCGUGCAGUUCCGGCGGAUUAAUCCGAAAUCCUUGGAACGAAAAAGCAACACUUCAAUUCCCUAUUGUUCCCACUCUAAACCAGCAGUUUUUUUGGCGAAAUGUCAACACGCAACAUAUAGUCACUUCAAUCUUUGUUUUGGCCCCGGAAAAGCUCAUGAUUUAUUCCGGUUUCGUAUAUAUAUGUAUGUAUACACAUAUAGUCAAAUGAAUUGCUGCGUAUGACACCCACAUCAACUGAUAUUAUGCUUUUUCAAAAAUUGUGUAGACUUUUUGUCCUAAGCUCUCAGCACUGUGCAUUGCUAGCUUGUGCACAGCUUUUGCACCGUGCAAUAGAAAUAUCGCCGCGGCGAGGCGUUUUUCAAUUGUGUCGUGCAAAAAAAACCAAGCUGCACUGUGCAAAUGUCCUCUGAAAAAGCGGAAAUCGGUCUGUCGGGAAAAUAAUGUGGGUUUGUCGCGCAAAAUUCUUUCUCUUCAUCCCAGUCGCGCACCAAACGUUCAGCUGCGGCUAGUUGUCGCAGAACAAUUAUAGUAAAAUUUCCAGGCGAAAUACACAUUAUUUUCCCGACAGACUGAUAAUCAUCACAAUGCCACUGAAGAAAAAAGCGAUUUGAUUUUGCCGCGGUACAUUAGGUAUACUUUUUUUGCGAUUUUCGAUGCGACAGAGUGCUCGUUAUUUUCCCGACAGACUGAAAUACAAUAUAUGUAAAGUAAAACGCAUGCAAAAAUUCAAAAAAAUCACUAAUGGACGUCUCUUUGUUAGUAUUCUUUAGCCCCUUUGCGCUCACAAUUUUUGAAGUCCGAAGACACACGCUGUAGCUAAUGUCACUCUCUAUAUUUGGCCAGAAAUGUUGCAAUGUUUGCACUGUGCAAGCUUUCUAAACAUUCGGCCGUGUUCCUUAAUUAAUGCGCAAAGAGCAAGAAGCUCUUCAUCGAAGCCGGUAAAGGUUCGUCGAGCAAAAAGCAGACUCCAAAAAUUCGAGGGGAACUCAGCGAUCGCAUACGGAAGUGGUUAUUGUCUCGUCUUGGUCAUUAAUAUUACAUCUGAAGUGACAUAUGUGUGUUGCGUGUUUUUUGGGCCAACUCGUUGAACGUAAACAACUUGAUGAUGUGGGGAUUAAUGUUGCAUAGGAAUUUACAAGAUAUACAUACUACUGGCGACAAAAAGUCUUGAGAAUUUCUCGCGGUCCUGUCGCAUUCGCAAGAAAAGGUUUGUCGCAGCGAAAAAUGGGGAUCUUAAGGCAAAAAACAAGAUUUCACGUUUUCAAAUCGCGACUUGAAUUUAUAUUUUACAAUGACCUUUGCAAUAACAGAAUAAUAAUUCUUUCGUUGAAACUUUUCAAAAAAAUAGGAGGGAUCGAUCUGCGAAAAAUGAGACUUCCCUUGUUAGAACGCCCAAAAUUUGUCUUGUUCUUAUUCUCAAAACGGUGCAGAAAUAAUUAAUAUGGCAUUCCAGAUGUUUAUUGCUGUUUGCGUUUCGAUUUUUCAGCAAGAAAAGGGAAUUUAUUUCGACAUUUCGUUUGCAAAACCUCCCAAAUUCUUCUUACACUAUUAGUAUUUAUUUUGAUGAAUCACUUGGAUAUUUGGUUACGAUCCCCACCGUGCACAAAAAAUCCCCAUCAUGCACUGUGCAUUUCAUCUUUUUUGGUUUUUGCAUUGUGAAUCGAGGCAUCGGAGGGACCUAAGCCAGUUUCAAGUACGUUGCUGCGGUGGCGCCAGGAAUCGACGCUGUGCAAACGGCUUCUUUGAGCCUAGAGGUGGCAAUCGGGCCGGGCCGAUUUUUGCGGCCCGGCCCGCGGGCCAAAGUGACCAGGCCGGCCCUGGGCUUUUUCAAAUUUGCUUAGUCCCGGCCCGGCUCUGUUUGGCCCGCUAAUAAAAAAAGGUUGGAAAAAAGUCUUUGCAUUCUUCGAAGCAUAUUUAGGUGGCAUUUUACAUGUACAUAAUCAGGGAUUUUAAGGAGUUUUAAAAGAUAGUAAAACAGCAUAUAGGUCAAAAAGUUUUAAUUUAAUAUCCAUGCAUCAAUUCUGCAAAGCAUUUGUGCUUUAUUUUGCUGGUUUAAUAUAAAAUUUUUUUUUUUACUUUUCCACCAUCCGGGCGGGCCGGAGCGGUCAGGCCGACCCACGGUUUUUUUAAAUCUGCUCAGGCCCGGCCCGGCCCAAUCACCGGGCCCGGCCCAAAAAUGCUCUGUGCUUUGGCGACAAGCGCGGGAAAAAGUUCAAAAAUACACUGUGCAAAUGCUAAAAAAUGUAACGAAAAUACUAAUAGAGAGAGUUCGAAGUAACGAAAAUUUAAAAUUGAAAAAAAUAAUCAGUCUGUCGGGAAAAUAAUGAGCACAAUGUCGCUGAGCCGAACGCGUCGCUGAAGUGAAACGCAAUUUGAUCUUGCCGCGAUACAAUUCUUUUCUGUUUCACAGUGCAAAAAGCAAUACACUACUGCACAGUGCGUGUCGCAGAAAUCACUCCAGCGACUUUUUGGACAAAUUAUCAGCAUUUUCACAAAGUGCCUGGACACUUGUCGUGCCCAAAAAUUCGCGAGUUCUUGCACCGUGCACUCACCUUUUUUUGGUUUUGCACUGUAAAUUUGAAAAAUGUCGCAGCGAUGUAGGGUUUUCUCAACUGCAGUUUUGCUCAAAAAUUUGCACAGUGCAAUCGGCUUUUUUGAGGUUUGCACGGUGCGCAAAGGCAAAAUUGCACAGUGCGUUGGCAACGAAAAUUCAAGAUGCACUGUGCAAGAACGAGAAAAUGUCCACGCACUUUAUAAAAAUGCUAAUUAAUAGAAACCACUCCAAAUACCAGAUCCCCCAUAAACCUCCGUGUUUCAGAUGACACCAGCAGAGAACUCAGAGGAAGCGGCGAUUGUGAAGCGACAGAACGACUGGAAGCAAAUGUUCGGCCAGAACUUCAAAGCCGAAGCCGACGAAGGCAACUUUGGCUUCAAGGGACUGCGCGGCAAACGCGGCGACAUGCAACGAGCACUGCGACGGCCCUGCAACAUUUACAAAUUGAUCAGUUGCUACUAA